UUUCAUAAUACGAUUGAUAUAUAUAUUUAUUAAGUUCUUUAUUUUAGUAAAUGAAUAAUUUUUUAUGGUAAUUAGUAUGCCAAGCAAUGCUAAUAUUAAUAAUUAUCUUUAUAGUCUUUGAUCAGUACCAAAAGGCUCGUCUAUUCUUUGUUCAAUCCAUUGCUGAUUUUUCUUCAAAAACAAAUACUAUAGAAUGUUUAGAAGCUGCUGGAGUUUUGGAUCUCAUAAACCCUUUACUAACAGAUCCGAUACCUUCUAUUCAACAUACUGCUGCAAUUGCAUUAGGAAAAAUUACAAAUAAUAGUCAUAGAUUGGCACAAGCUGUUGUAAGAAUGGAUAUUUUACCUCAAUUAUUGAAGAAUAUUACUAAACAAAAUAAAUUUUAUAAAAAAGCAGCCCUAUUUGUUUUACGUGCAAUUGCUAGACAUUCCCCAGAAUUAGCAUCUAUGGUGAUUCAAAGCAAUGGAUUGGAUACUAUAAUAAUUUGUUUAGAAGAUUUUGAUUUUGGCGUUAAGGAAGCUGCUGCUUGGGCAUUGGGAUAUAUCGCUAGACAUAACAAGGCUUUAACUCAAGCCAUAGUUGAUGCAGGAGCUGUUCCACUUUUGGUUUUGGCCUUGCAAGAACCUGAAUUAUGUCUAAAACAAAUUAGUGCAUCUGCUUUAUUUGAUAUAAGCAAACAUAAUACUGAACUUGCAGAAAUUGUUGUUGAUGCAGGAGCCAUUCCUUUUCUUGCAAAGGCAUUAUCUAAUCCUGAUACUAAAUUAAAGCGUCAAGUUCUUUUGGCAUUAAGCAGUAUAGCAAAACACUCUGUACACCUAGCAGAAUCUAUCAUUGAAGCUGAGAUUUUUCCUGAUGUUCUUGUACACAUGGCACAUCCUGAUGAAUGUAUUGUUAAAGCUGCUGCAAUGUUAACCAGAGAAAUUUGUAAACAUACAUUAGAGAUGGCCCAACUUAUUGUGAAUAUUGGUGGUAUUGGUGCACUUGUUGAAUUAAUUAGUAUCUCAAAAUUGACAGUCAAAUUACCAGCAAUAAUGGCAAUUGGAUAUAUUGCUGGACACUUAGAUCAGUUAGCUAUUGCAGUUAUAGGAUCUAAAGGAGUUGUGCACCUAUCUACUAUAUUACUUGAAGAAACUGAUGAUCAUACACUUGCUAUUACUGUAUGGGCAAUUGGACAAAUUGGAAAGCAUACAUCAGAACAUGCAAAAGCAGUUGCAGUUGCAAAUAUUCUACCAAAAUUAUUACAGAUUUUGCCUCACGAUGCUAGGGCAAGAAGACUAUUUGUAACGUCUGGUGGUUUAAAGAAAGUACAAGAAAUUCAAGCUGAGCUUGGGUCAACACUUUCUGAAUAUAUACAAAUUAUAAAUUGCUGUUUUCCAGAAGAAAUUGUCAGAUAUUAUUCUCCUGGAUAUCCAAACAGUCUUUUGGAAGCUGUAGAACAGUAUCAACCGAAAUGCCCUUCCUUAUUUGCAAUAGAAGAACAUUUAUCUUCUGACAUUGAUUCUAAAUCUUCGCUAUCAUCCUUUAACAAAGAAGGUUAAAGAUUUAUUUAGCUUGAUUGCGGAUUCAAUAUACGCUGUAAUCAUGAUGUGUAUUUGUUAAGGUAACAGUAAUAAAUAAAUCUUUUGCGAAAAGUUACGUUCUUCUAUAUUUUAAAAAAAUGUUUUUUAAAUUGAAGAACCGUUUGCAGCAUCUUUUAUACAUGUGCUACAUAAUUUAUGCAGCUGCUCGAAAAAGUAUAUUUCAUUGGUCACCUUUAAUAUUUGGAUAUCCAGUAGAAAUUGCAAAAAUCUAAUUCAUAAUGAAAUACUCUAUUUUUAAUAUCUAUAAUUCAAUGACGAUCUUUAUUCAUAAGGAUUUCGUAGUGUUAUUUUUUUUAUUUCAUUUUUUAUAAAACUUGAAAUUA